GCCCCCUCGUCGCAGUCGCCGCCGCCCGGCUGGCUGGGCCUCAGGGCGCGCGGGCAGCCGCGGCGCCGCAUUCCCGGCCGGCCCGCGAGCCAUGGCCCAGGCCGGCGAGGAGACGCUGCCCGGGCCCGAGACGGCGGUGCAGAUCCGCGUCGCCAUCCAGGAGGCCGAGGACGUGGAGGAGCCGGAGGACGAGGAGGAGGGGGCGGAGGCGCGCGGCGCGGGGGACCCGGCCCGGUACCUGAGCCCCGGCUGGGGCAGCGCCAGCGAGGAGGAGCCGAGCCGCGGGCACAGUGGUGCCAUGACGAGUGGGGGCGAGAACGAGCAUGAGGAAGGCGAGCAGGAGUGGAAGCCCCCGGACCAGGAGUUAAUCAGGAAGCUGGUGGAUCAGAUCGAAUUCUAUUUCUCUGAUGAAAACUUGGAGAAGGACGCCUUCCUGCUCAAGCACGUGAGGAGGAACAAACUGGGGUACGUGAGUGUCAAGCUCCUCACGUCCUUCAAAAAGGUGAAACACCUGACCCGGGACUGGAGAACCACAGCGCACGCCUUGAAGUACUCAGUGACCCUCGAGUUGAAUGAGGACCACCGGAAGGUGAGGAGGACCACCCCCGUCCCGCUUUUCCCCAAUGAGAACCUCCCGAGCAAGAUGCUCCUGGUCUACGAUCUCCACCUGUCCCCCAAGCUGUGGGCCCUGGCCAUCCCCCAGAAGAACGGGAGGGUGCAGGAGAAGGUCAUGGAGCACCUGCUCAAGCUCUUCGGGACCUUUGGAGUCAUCUCAUCGGUGCGGAUCCUCAAACCGGGGAAGGAGCUGCCCCCCGAUAUCCGGAGGAUCAGCAGCCGGUACAGCCAGGUGGGGACCCAGGAGUGUGCCAUCGUGGAGUUUGAGGAGGUGGAGGCGGCCAUUAAAGCCCACGAGUUCAUGAGCACAGAAUCCCAGGGCAGGGAGAACAUGAAGGCCGUCCUGAUUGGCAUGAAGCCCCCCAAAAAGAAACCUCUCAAAGACAAGAACCAGGACGAGGAGCCCACCGCAAGCAGCCACCCGAACAAGUCCUUGAACAAGAGAGUCGAGGAGCUGCAGUACACGGGUGACGAGUCUUCCGCCAACAGCUCCUCUGACCCGGAGAGCAAUCCCACAUCGCCCAUGGCCGGCCGGCGGCAUGCCGUUGCCAACAAGCUCAGCCCUUCUGGCCCCCAGAAUCUUUUUCUGAGCCCGAACGCCUCCCCCUGCUCGAGUCCCUGGAGCAGCCCCUUGGCUCAACGCAAAGGCGUUUCCAGAAAAUCCCCUCUGGCCGAGGAGGGGCGGCUGAACUGUAGCCCCAGUCCUGAGGUCUUCCGCAAGUGCGCGGAUUACUCCUCCGACAGCAGCAUCACUCCCUCUGGUAGCCCGUGGGUUCGGAGGCGCCGCCUGGCUGAGAUGGGGACCCAGGAGAAGAGCCCCGGAGUGAGUCCCCUGCUGUCCCGGAAGAUGCAGACUGCAGACGGGUUACCCGUGGGGGUGCUGAGACUGCCCAGGGGCCCUGACAACACCAGGGGAUUCCAUGGUGGACACGAGAGAGGCAGGGCCUAUGUAUAAAUACCUUCUAUUUUUAAUACCGGCUCCCUUGAAAUACCUGGCAUGGCAGAGAAUGCGAUUAGGUCCCCAUCGAGAGAUUUUUGUAUACGUGUAGACCUCUUAAUUUAUAUAUUUGUAAUGCAUAUAAGUUGUCUGGUACGCUAUGGUUUUAAGAACAUCUUCUAGUUCAGAACAACCAGCAUGACUAUUAUUUUGCUGAUGCCCAAUGUGUCUGAAUGUUAUGGCCCUGCAGGGCUGCGGGUCGGAGGCUCCCCGGGGCCACUCAGGCCACCGGUCUCUUCUUCAGGGCAGACUUCUUCCCCGCGGUGACUGAGCUGUCCUCGGUGGGCCACGCAGGGCCUUCCAGAGAGCCCACGGGAGUUCUGUUGUGUAACGGCCACUCGUUCAGCCGGUAGCAUGGCGUCUUACAGGACCAAAUGUGUAUUCCUGUCAAGUGAAUAAAUAAUAAAACAUC